AUGUCGAAUGACGAGCGCAAAGCUUCCAUAUUGGAAGGCAUGCUCAUCAAAGCGAGCAAAAAUUACGUUUGUCCGGUCUGCUUCAAGUCAAAUUCACAGGCCAGCGACUUGAGAAACCACCUGAAACAGAUGAAGGAAGCUGAAGAUCACAAAGGGCUUUCGGAACGGGAGGAGGCAAAGUUCCGAUACAGCUACGAAACAAUCAUGGGAUGGAAACCAACAGACAAGGACCCCAAACUCGACCUGCCACGCGCGCGAAUCGUUGCGUUUACAAGAGACGUUGUUGUCACAAAAAUGGCCUCCCAAGCAGAGGACUUUGUGCAAUCCAAGAUCCAGAUCUAUCUGCAAAUUGCAGUUUCAUCAGGAAUGACUCACGUGUGUCCCGAAUGUGUGGAUGAAGAUGGGCAGUAUUUCAAUAAGAUGGUAGAUUUCGACCGCCACUGUUGGGAAAAAAGCGAUCGAACGCAUAUGAGCCUGCUAUCAAAAGUCCCCGCCACUUUCCUUCCUACAUACCUCAUCGCGAUGGGGCUUUCCGAAAUUGAAGAGUUGCCUCCUGGACAUGACAAACCGGGACGCUGGACAAAUGAACGAUAUCUGAGGACUGCCUACGUCUUCAAGACCAAGAAGAGGUACUCCCGCUCAAUGGAAAAAGGGUAUAAUUUCAAUGCUAACACUGAAACCAAGGUUCACCGGGCCGGAAAGUCCACAUGGCCAGGAACAGCUUAA